AAUGGUUAUUUUGAGGGAACUAGAUGACAAUGAGGGGAAAGUGCCUAUUUCUUCCCCGGGUUAUCUUGAGUGGGCGCGACAAGUUCGCGCCCAUUACACUAGGGCUAACGGCGUACUUAACCGCCGAGGAUUUUACUCAGAAUUGUGGGGUUUUGAUGUAGGAAGUAGUAAUAGUGACGAUGAUAGUGAUAGUGAUAGUAGUAAUGACAGUGAUUGCGUCAUAAUAUCCCCUUCCUCUAUCACAGGAAAGCGGAAGAACCCUUGCCGCGAUUUGGUUGUUGCUGGUUAUACUCCUGUUACCAUGGAAGUCUCCUCAAAGUAUACCAGCAUGGAAAUGGUGAGAAGCUUUAGGAAAACCGUCAAACUUUCCGACCCUUCUCAUGAAGAAUCAAUUAUAACCGAACCCGUCAGUGAGAACGAGUUUGUAACUACUAGAAAUGACACCCCGCCUGCUUAUUUUUAUCUUUAUACCAAUGUAAUCCAACCUCUUAACAUCUGGCUUCCCUUUACUGCCUUUGAGGCGGAGAUGUUGAAAGUUAUCAAUGUCGCCCCUACCCAGCUUCAUCCUAACAGUUGGGCCUUCAUAAAAGCCUUUGAGGUGAUGUGUUUAGGUUUUAACCUGGAUCCCUCUAUUGGUGUUUUCUUCUCCUUUUAUCAGAUAAAAAACUUAAAGCCUCACUCUUUAGUUUCCAUUAGUAGUCAACCUAACCGUCGUCUCCUCAGUUUGUAUGCUUCUAAUUUUAAGAACUUUAAAGACUCCUUCCUUCGGGUUCGUUGUGAUGAGAAAUUCCCCGAUUUGAUGUAUGACGAGGUUGACGAUCCUCUGUUUCCCUUUUACUGGACGGAUAACCCUAGACUUAUCAAGGGAACCAUAUUUGAGACCUUGAGUGAUUUCGAACAAGAUACCGUCAACUUUCUUGAUUCCUAUGUUCUCAUGGAUACCGCUGAGAUCCUUAAGUAUGAGGGUAAUAGUGACGCCUUGGAAGAGUAUUUACAGAGAAUGAGGACUAUCUCGAAUGAGGAGAGGCUAACAUUUUUGGCUAAAGCUCGCCAGCAGAAAGUCAAUCCUGUUGUUGCUGUAAACGACCCCUUGAAGCAGCUGCAAGUGGAGGAAGCUGUUACGAAAGAGGGGCGAAGUAAGAAGAAACAUGAUGGGCGGAUCAGUGUCGCCAUCCCAGGGAAACCUGCUGCUGGAGUAGCGGAGACCGAGGGUGUCGCCCCGCCUUCUACCAAAAAGCAAAAAACAAAGAAUACCCCCCAACCUGCCGGGGGCGCUGCCAAAGACAAAGGUGUGGCUUCUAGUUCUUCUCAACCUUCCUCCCAGGACGCCAAUGCAGCUGCUUCCCUCUCUUGGAGCUCUUUUGACCCUUUUGAGUUUAUUGAAAGGGGGGUGACUAUGGUAGGCGAUAUGACUCGCUUCACCAACACUCCCACGGAGGACUUGAGAAAGAAAGCCCUGGAGUAUGAGGUCAAGGGUACCCUUCUUAAUUACUUGCUAUCAAAUCGCCAGGAGCAGGAAGUUCUGGAGGCGAAGCAAAAGGUGAAAACAGUUGACGACCACCUUGCUGACAUUGAGAAGAGAUAUUCUGAGACCAAGACCAAAUUGGAGAAGGACAUUCAGAAGUUGAAAGAGAGCCAGGAGAGAGAGGCGGAGAUGUUGAAGAAGGAAUAUGAGGAGAAACUGGCUAAGGUUAAGGAAAGCUAUGCCGCCUCCGAGACCAAGCUCAAGGAGAAUGCUGCUGCUCAAGAUGAGAAAAUUUCUAAGCUUUCCAAGGAGAGGGAUGAGGCGGUAUUUUCUGCGGGAACCUUGGGUGAUGAGAAGACCCGGUUGGAGAAUGAUGUCACCGAGCUUCAGCUCUACGCUGCCAACCAGUAUGAUGAAGGUUUCUCCUUUGCUAUUGAGCAGGUCAAGCUGCUUUUCCCGGAUUUAGAUGUUGGGCGCCUAGGCGAGGCUGAUGCAAUGAACCGGAUUGUUGAUGGGAAGCUCAUCCCUUAUGUCCCCCAUGAAUGAGUGCUUUUUCCUCUUUUGUUGUAAUGGAUUUAUCAUGCCCUUCUGUGGCUUUUUGUAAUUACUUCUGUAUGCCCUUUUGUGGCUUGAACACCUUGCCCUUCAUGGGGUCUUUAUUAAUUUCUUUACUUGUUUGAUU